AUGUUUGAGAGUCCAAAGCGACGGCGACCUGAAGCCACCUCAGGGUCUCGGGGUCAUGAAGAGGUGAAGUUCAGAGAUGUGACCCUGUACCUGGUGGAGAGGAGGAUGGGAAAGAGCCGGAGGACUUUUCUCUCAAACCUGGCCAGAUCCAAAGGGUUCUGUGUAGAUGACAGUCUCAGUGGUGGUGUGACUCAUGUGGUGUCUGAAGGGAACGCAGCGCAGGACCUCUGGAGUUGGUUGGAGGAUCACGGUCUGAGUGAAGCACAUGACACACACGUGUUGACCAUCAGCUGGUUCACUGAGAGCAUGAGCGCCGGACGACCGCUGCCAGUCGAGAGGAGACAUCACAUACCAAAUCCUGCUGUAGAGCGGAGGUCAUCCCCUUCUCCGUCCCCCAAACCAGUGUCUACUGUGUCUACAUUUGCUUGCCAGAGACGGACCACUUUGGAUAAUCACAAUAAAAACUUCACAAGUCAUUCAUGGGGUUUGUCAAGGACUCCAGUCAUCAUCUUUCAUGUCUUCUUUAUUUCACAGGAGAUGUUUGAAUGUGGAAGAUCCUCCAAAGCUGAAGAGGUCCUGAAGGACGAGCGAUAUCAGACUCUGAAGUUGUUUAACAGUGUCUUUGGUGUUGGACUCAGAACAGCGGAGAACUGGUUCAGCAGAGGACUGAGAACACUUGAACAGAUUCUGUCUGAUCCCAGCAUCAGACUCAACCGCAUGCAGACGGCAGGGUUCUUGUUCUAUGAUGACAUCAGCCGGCCGGUGAGUCGAGCGGAGGCCGGAGCGCUGAAGGUUCUGGUAGAAGACGCUGUCAACCGUGUCAAUCCAGCAGCCAGCGUCUGCAUUACAGGAGGCUUCCGCAGGUAA